AUCCCUAAAAACGAGUAGAAACGAAGUGGAAGUUUCGCUGCAGAGGAGAAAAAAGUUUGGGAAGAUUUGCGUUUUACUACUGUUAACUUAAUUGAUUAAUCGAUUGAAAUUGCAAUUCGUUUAGUGUGAAAAAUUGGUCUAGAAAAAAGAAAAACUGCAAAAUGAAUGAGGAAUACGAUGCAAUUGUUUUGGGCACCGGUUUAAAGGAGUGCAUCUUGAGUGGUAUGCUUUCUGUAUCCGGAAAAAAAGUUCUACACAUCGACCGAAACAAGUACUAUGGAGGUGAAUCUGCAUCAAUAACUCCUCUGGAAGAACUCUUCCAGCGUUUCAAUAUCGAAGUUCCGGGUGACAAGUAUGGGCGCGGUCGGGACUGGAAUGUGGAUCUGAUACCAAAAUUCUUGAUGGCCAAUGGACAGCUGGUAAAAUUAUUAAUACAUACGGGCGUUACCCGUUACCUCGAGUUCAAGUCAAUCGAGGGUAGUUAUGUCUAUAAGGGAGGAAAAAUUGCUAAGGUGCCCGUAGACCAAAAGGAAGCAUUAGCCUCCGAUUUAAUGGGAAUGUUUGAAAAACGUCGUUUUCGCAAUUUCUUAAUCUAUGUUCAAGAUUUCAAGGAAGAUGAUCCAAAGACAUGGAAGGAAUUUGAUCCUGUUAAGUCCAACAUGCAGGCAUUGUAUGACAAAUUCGGCUUGGACAAAAAUACACAAGAUUUUACGGGACAUGCUCUGGCAUUGUUCCGAGAUGAUGAAUAUUUGAAUGAACCAGCUGUUAAGACCAUACAACGUAUUAAAUUAUAUUCGGAUUCAUUAGCCAGGUAUGGUAAAUCGCCAUAUCUGUAUCCUAUGUAUGGCUUAGGUGAAUUGCCACAAGGGUUUGCUCGUUUAUCAGCCAUCUAUGGCGGCACCUAUAUGUUGGACAAACCUAUUGACGAAAUUGUUGUGGGUGAAGGUGGCAAAGUUGUUGGUGUACGCUCAGGAGAUGAAAUUGCUAAAUGCAAACAGGUCUACUGUGAUCCCAGCUAUGUUCCCGAUAAGGUUCGAAAGAAGGGUCAAGUUAUACGCUGCAUUUGCUUGUUGGAUCACCCAAUUGGUAACACUAAAGACGCUCUAUCUACCCAAAUUAUCAUUCCACAGAAACAAGUUGGUCGCAAAUCUGACAUUUAUGUCUCUUUGGUUAGUCAUGCUCAUCAAGUAGCUGCUAAAGGCUGGUUCGUCGGCAUGGUGUCUACAACUGUAGAAACUGACCAGCCGGAGAAUGAAAUUAAACCCGGAUUAGAACUCUUGGAACCAAUUGCACAAAAAAUCAUGUCGAUCUCUGAUUACUAUGAACCCAUUGACAAUGGUGUCGAAUCGCAAAUUUUCAUUUCAGAAUCCUAUGAUGCCACUACACACUUUGAAACCACUUGCCUGGAUGUUUUGGAUAUUUUCAAGCGUGGUACUGGUGAAGAUUUCGAUUUCUCUAAAAUCAAACAUGAAUUAGGCGAUGAAGACCAGUAAAGGAGCCCUCUUGCAAAAAUUUUCUAUUGCUACACCACAUCAACAACAUCAAAAUCAUUUGGCAGUUAACAGGGGGAAUCAAAAAUGACUAAAGUGAAAAUAACCGAUACCAACAUAAAAAAAUGUAUUAAUAAUAUUAUGCAUAUAAUCGUAAAAUAAACAAAAAUACUUGUGCUUUGAAAGGAAACAUCAAUAAAAGAAAUUUAAAUAAAAGCUGGCAUAGCUUAAAUGAA